AUGGACACCCUACAAGAUGAGAUCAAAAUUAUCCGUUCUCAGUCUCAGGGGACGGGAAUACCAUUCUUUAAUGGACUCGCUCGGUCUAAUGUUUGGCGGCAAGACCAAGCACGAAAUGACAAUCAUGACAGACGCUUUGACAGAACCAGAUCUUCCUUCCAGCCCAUAGCUCCGCGUCGGGUUCUACCAACUUUUCGGCUUGAACCUGAACCGUCCAGAAGAGUACCGAUCAUUCAGCUAGAUAGGCCUCAAGAAACUGAGCUGUCAGAUACUGGUUCCACUCCCGUCAUGCAAGAUUCACCCCUUGCUGCCCCUUCGCGCCGUCUCACCAGGACCCAUGUCAGCCGUGCGGACAGCGAGCGGCGUAGAACAUCCCAGAAUAGGAGGCAGGAUCCAAUAUGCCAUAUUCAACAGGGGGUGGCCGGCAUUAUCCUUGAUUACACCACUCCAUUAUGUGCUGAUAUCAUGAACGCUCCCAAGGAGCCUAAAGUGAAGCCGCCAGCUAUUGACGCCUAUGACGGCACGUCUGACCUUGAUGUACAUCUCUUGGCCUAUCGGCACCAUGUGUAUGUCCAGGGAACUACCGGUGCAACCUGGUGCAAAUACUUUCCGUCCACUCUGAAAGGAGUUGCCUCAAAAUGGUUCGAGAAGUUGCCCGCAGGAACGAUCAAUACGUAUGCGGAAUUAGAGAUGUUAUUUUCUGCAAGAUUUAUGGCUUAUAAAGAGGAGAAGAAGACGAGCAUGCAUUUGGGCCGAAUACAACAAGGGAAAGAUGAGUCCUUGCGAAGCUAUGUUCGACGUUUCGAUUUGGAGUCUGGACAGAUUCCAGACUUACCUGACGGUGUAGCCUUUGAUAAUUUCUUCAGGGGACUUAAGAAGGGGUCCUUUAAGUUUGACCUGGUGAAGAAAAGUGUUAGAACUAUGGCCGACGCUCUAGAUGAGGCCGAGUCCUUCAUUCAUGCCACCGAAAUCUGCUCCGUCCCUAAAGAGUCUAAGGGAACAGAGACCACUGAUCAUCCGCAGCGAAAGAACAAAUCGGAUAAAAAGACCAGCCUUCCGAAUGGGACAUGGGCCAUUGAAAAGAAAAGUUAUCAGACAACUCAGUCUCAAGGACAGAAGAGAGAACGUCCCUAUGAUAAAGAAAGGUUCGAGUACAACACCGACUUGUACACAAUACUGCUGGAUGUGAGUGAUAGAUAUGAGAUUGAUCGUCCGUUCCCCAUGAAGUCGCCGGUGGAAACUAGGGAUAGCUCUCUUUACUGUAAGUUCCACUGUGAUGUAGGACACGAAACAAAAGAUUGCAAGAGUUUGCGAAGGGCUCUUGAUGGGUUAGCCGCCAAGGGAUUCUUGAAGUCGUAUCUCAGUUCAAGUGCAGGAGGAAGUGGUAAGAAAUUCUACAAGAAAAGCAAGUCACCGUCAUACCGCCGUGACGACAAUGAUACUGAUCCUGAAAUUAUGGCCGUCAUUUCUGGAGGUCUGGCCGCUGGUGGCCCAACAAUGAGAGGUCAAAAGGACUAUGCAAGCCGAUUGGGGCAGGUCAUGUUGUCUGGAAAAGCCCCAAUGAACCACUUCCCUAAAGUGGAGAUUUGUGAAUCAGACAGGGGCAAGAUCGCCACUCCACACGACGAUCCCCUGGUUAUUGAAUUGAAGGUAGCAAACCUCAAAGUAAGGCGUAUAUUAGUAGAUACGGGGAGUUCGUCUGACAUUAUCAGCACAGCUUGUCUAAAUCGUCUUGAACAUGACCCCAAGACCAUUGAAAAGAUACAUUACCCGAUCAUUGGAUUCGGAGGCGGCAUAAUUCAUCCCCAAGGGAUAAUCACUUUGCCCCUACGAGUGGGAGGUCGGCAUCAGAGCAAGAACCUGAACGUCCGAUUUCUAAUUGUGAAAGACCUCACAACCUAUAAUAUCAUAUUGGGGCGUCCAACUUUAAACCAGGCUAAAGCGGUGGUCGUCACUCAUCUUAUGCUUAUGAAAUAUGUUUGCGAUAAAGGCCAGGUCGGCACUAUUCAUGGUGAUCAACAGCUAGCAAGAGACUGUUAUCUCACUACGCUAAGCCCCGAGGCUUGGGAAAAACUGACGAAGCACGAACAAGCUCUAAAAGAAAGCUAG